UACGAAUUCGUUUAUCUAUGGAGCAUCUCAGCAAAUCUCACUCAAAAUAUAUCGAGAUAAAACGUUGCACAAUGAACCGAAAUUGGUUUCGCUUAAGCUUCUGGCGAGGACAGAAGGAAACUACACACGAACACGGUGAAAUCCCACUGGCCAACCCGCCCAUACAUGUCGUAUGUGUUUUCCAAGCUUGCCCUUACACUAAACUUGAGUUCUCACUGAGACGUCUCAUCUAGCCCUCCGACAGUUCGUACGCGGGAAUACUACAACCAAGGCGAUUUCCAGAGGGAGGAAGUAACAAUACCUUCGAGCCCCCUCUUAUUGCUGCAUUCCAACCUUUCAAUGUUUCCCCGGCCGAACUCCCAUUUCCCUCGAUUGGUGGCCAUCGUACGAACCCGCCUACGCUCGAUACGGUCGUUGAAGCUGUAGAGCUAGAUGGGACAAGUCCUAUUAUUACCACACGAACACCAACCCAACCCUCACAGAAUGAGGAGAAUGAUGUCCAUGCAUCAGAUGAGCCGGGAGGAAAUGACGCCAAUCCGGCGCCGGAAGCAAGUAAUCUGAUAGCAGGAGAUUUUGAACAGCCAUAUUUCGAGUUAUUCACCAGAGCACCGUCACCAGACAUGACUUUUCAGCCGGCUGCACCAAGACUGACUCCACGAGACCUCAUGUUUUUCAAUGAGCCCACGAAUGGAGUUGGCACAUCGACCGUCCCACCCGUAGAAUCCAGAUUCACAGAUACAGAAAAGGAGACAGGCGAUCGAUUCUACGACACGAGUAAGCCGAACUGCACCUUAAAUAUAGUCUGCUAUCGUUCUGGGGCGCGAGGGUGUCAGUUCCAGAAAUUACAAACGGCCAGGGAAGAUAGAUUCAAAAGCGACGUCGAGUUUCAAAAAAAUAGAGAGCGGAUUCCGAACUUGAUAUAUAGUGAUCGUCAGUUUUUUGAGGCGCUGAGAGAGGCGUAUCUCGGGAAGAUGUGUGGAUUUUGGAGACGGGCUGUCUUUUUGAAGAGUCUUAGGGGGAUAAGACUUCUCUCGGUUAGUUUCCGACCUGUUGGAUAUCACGGAGCAAGAUUUAAUCUUUGAUAUUCCAACCUCUCACAUCAAUUUCUUAGAUCACACCCACCACCCGUCCAACAAUCGUUCCCCUCGACGACUUCAUCAUCCAAGAAGUUCUCCACGCGUAUCAAAAUCCCUCCACAAUCGAGACCGAGCAUGACUGGAUCGACUGGGUAUUCCGUCUACGCCAACCGGAUCGUCGACACGCCCUUGAAUUCGUGGAGGGUUGGAAUGGAACGAGGAUUGCGAUUGCGGGGCUGAUGCCCUUGUUGGUAUCGUGUGUGUUGGGGGUUGUUUGGAGUUGGAGGACCGGGGAUGUGCAGACUGCUUUUACGGUUGCGGGGUUUGUGUUGACUGCUGGGACUUGUAAGUUUGAUUUUUGCCUCCGCUAUGGAUUUGGAUGAGGUGGGGAAGAGAAGGGGAGGUUUUAUGGCAGGAAUUGUGUGCUAAUGGUUUAUAUCUUAGUGGUGUUGGCUUUGCUGGCUAUUAUUAGUGGGAUUGAAGCUUCGGGACGAGCUAGUACUUGAGUAUGUGUUACUACUUGGAAAACUAAGCGAAGAGAAACCAAAUUACCUGAUCGCCCAGAUCUAGAGAGAACCAGACGGACUUCUGAUACUAAUACAAAUCGUUCUAAGCCUCCUAAACUAAUCAUCAUAUACCCGUUCCAACUCGCUUAAUUACGACCGAAAGAAAACAUUUAGAUUUCCGAAACAUUCAUCAAACAUAUCCAACAAAUCCACAUCUGGCCACGUUAAUGAAAUAAAAACGAAUCCCAGGAACUUUUCUUGUCCACCGGAAGCCUUUCAGCUCUCUAUCGAAGCCUUGAUGAAAUCAGCACCUUACAAGCAUUGGUAAUCAACUGUGUACUAAAGGAGUAGAAGGAUCCGGGUACUUCUAGUACUCGGGCGGUGGGACUAGCCACACGUGACAAUCCUCGGUACCGGGAAUAGGGGAUAUGUCGCAACACUAUAUAAUUAUUUGAUUCGAGGGAUGAUGAAUUGCCAAUAUUAGGCGAGGAGUGGGGUAGUCGAUUUACCUGCCCAAGGAUUCAUCGCACGGCCCUAUGUAAGUCCUUUCGUUAAAGGAAUAUUUAUAAAAAGAAAGCUAAAUAAGAUAUAACUCUUCCUGAUACACUUUAUCGAAAGUGCGAAUUUGAGCCUGAGAAAUGCACAUAGAUACAAGUUGUCUUCCUCUAAUUAUAAAACGCAUUUCAUCUCAACGGAAUAGCUCUCAAAAU